GCCAAGCGGUAGGAUCUGUGUGACAGUGCAGGGUACAGCUUUAGGUUCAGGGAAAGCGAGAGGAAUUUCUCCCGACCCCGCUAUAUAUUUUGUACCACUAUUCAAUCGUAACAAACAUCAGAUUAAUUCAAACUGGUAUCGUUUUUGCACCGCGCUGGGAAUCCCGCGAAGAUUGCUACAGUGAAGAAUAUUUACCACUCGAAUGCAGGACUUUAUUUGACUACAACGUUACUGUUAGUCGAACUUUCCCAUUUUAUUUUGGAUUGCCUUGCAAUUCGCAACUCGUGUUUUUUAAUUCGUAUCGGUUGACAGCCACACGAUUUUGAGAUCUGUGUGUGCUUUAAUCCCUUUUUAAAAUUAGGAGCCGUUUGCCGAAAAGUUUUAUUUUCAUUUCUAUUUUUGGGGGGGAACAUUGCAGGUUUUCACGAUGAACAAGCUAUACAUUGGAAAUCUGAAUGAAAACGUGACCGCUGAGGACUUGGUUAAAACCUUUGAAGAUUACAAGAUACCAUACUCUGGGCAGUUUCUCAUGAAAACUGGCUAUGCGUUUGUUGAUUGCCCGGACGACCAAUGGGCGAUGAAAGCGAUUGAAACAUUUUCUGGUAAAGUGGAACUUCACGGCAAACGAAUUGAGGUCGAGCAUUCAGUCCCUAAAAAGCAGAGGACCAGAAAACUGCAGAUCCGAAACAUUCCACCACACCUACAGUGGGAGGUUCUUGAUGGUCUGCUUGCCCAGUAUGGAACGGUGGAAAACUGUGAACAAGUAAAUACAGAAAGUGAAACCGCAGUCGUGAACGUCACUUAUGGGACCCGGGAACAGGCUAGACAAGCAAUCCAGAAGCUCAAUGGCUACCAGUUUGAGAACAACGCCCUGCGUGUGUCAUACAUCCCUGAUGAGAACUCGGAAGUCGACUCACGGGGUCCAGACAACGGCCGUCGUCCCGGAUACGGCCCACGAGGAAACUCUCGCCAGAUGUCGCCCGGUUCAGGGAUCCCCUCCAAACACCAGCAUGCCGACAUCCCCCUCAGAUUGCUGGUGCCCACACAGUACGUGGGUGCCAUCAUCGGCAAAGAGGGAGCCACCAUCCGGAACAUCACCAAGCAAACUCAGAGCAAGAUUGACGUUCAUCGUAAAGAGAACGCAGGUGCUGCUGAGAAGCCCAUCAGUAUCCAUUCUACCCCAGAGGGCUGUUCGUCUGCCUGUCGCAUGAUACUGGAAAUCAUGAAUCAGGAGGCGAAAGACACCAAAACAAACUGGCACGAGGAAGAAAGAACUGAAAAACAUGAUCUCAAUAUAGUGAAUGACCUUCAUAAUGAAGAAAUAAAUGCUGAUGAGGUUCCUCUGAAGGUUCUCGCUCACAACAACUUUGUCGGCCGUUUGAUUGGCAAAGAGGGUCGGAACCUGAAGAAGGUGGAACAAGACACGGACACAAAGAUCACCAUUUCACCACUGCAGGAUUUAACCCUUUAUAACCCUGAGCGCACCAUCACAGUGAAGGGCUCUAUCGAAGCAUGCUGCCUGGCAGAACAGGAGAUCAUGAAGAAAGUGCGCGAGGCGUACGACAAUGACAUUGCUGCCAUGAAUCAACAGACUCAUCUGAUCCCUGGACUAAACCUGGGAGCCAUCGGCCUUUUCCCACCAUCAGGUGCUAUGCCUCCACCUGCCCUGGGAAAUUCUGUACCCGGACCCCCCUAUGGACCUGUCGGGGCCGCUGAACAGGAGACCGUCCACGUGUACAUCCCAGCUCAGGCCGUGGGAGCCAUUAUUGGCAAGAAGGGACAGCAUAUCAAACAACUGAGCCGCUUCGCUGGAGCUUCUAUUAAGAUUGCACCUGCAGAUGCUCCAGACUCAAAAAUGCGUAUGGUCAUUGUCACAGGACCACCAGAAGCACAGUUUAAGGCUCAAGGCAGGAUAUAUGGUAAGCUAAAGGAGGAGAACUUCUUUGGGCCUAAAGAGGAGGUCAAGCUGGAGACCCAUAUCAAAGUAGCGGCUGCCGCAGCAGGAAGAGUCAUCGGAAAGGGCGGGAAAACUGUAAACGAACUUCAGAACCUCACUGCUGCUGAGGUUGUGGUUCCCAGAGAGCAAACCCCUGAUGAACAUGACCAGGUCAUCGUCAAGAUCAUCGGCCACUUUUACGCAAGUCAGCUGGCACAAAGGAAGAUCAGGGACAUUUUGACACAAGUCAAGCAACAGCAGAAAGGAGGUAUGGGUGGUCCACCGGCACCCCAUCCACAGGGCAUGGCUGAGCUUGGGUCACCACAGGCCCUGGCACCGGAACCCAGGAGGAAGUGAUGGGCCGAGGCCCUAACCUAAUCAGAUGGACAGACAAAUGGAGGACAAACGAGCGGAUUGACUGAGAAAGUGACACACAGACCCAGCGGUAGACAGGGAGAAAUGAGCAUCACCAUGAGAGGGACUUUAAAAGAAAAUAAGUUGUGAGGACACACGCUUAGUGAAAAUGAAAAGGAACAAGAAAUAAGUGUGUUGUUUUUUUGUUUUUUUGAAAAAGAGAGACUAGAAAACAGAGACCAGAUGCCAGGCCAGGUGGAGUGACUGAGGUUGGCUAGGUGAUCCAUCGAGUUGGAGCGCCCUCUUGUGAGAGUUUUUAGAUAGCCGCUUAUUAGGAAUAAGGUAUAAUAGAGGGCCUUUGUUGAUUAGUGCAAUUCCCUUAAAAGUGUGUUUUCCUAAAGGGUUUAAGCUACCUAGGACCCUCAGCCAUCAACAGUCACUUCAAAAUUUUAACUUUUUUUUUAAAGAUUGAGAUAUAUGUAUAGAAAUGUUUAUUCAGAGGUAUUAUUAAUGAAAUUCAGUGAGGUAUAGAUGGGGAUAGAAAGAGAGAGAACACAGAAACCAUCUUUUUUUUUGGUGGGCGGAGUCACCAAUCAGGUGACUUCUGCCCACCUGUCUCAGACAUAAGGGGAGGGGCCAAAGUUGUUAACACUGCUCUUGAAGUCCCUCACAGUCAACUGUGGGGGUGAGAAGAUGAAAUAUAAGACGAAAAAUGAGGUUGUAAAUAUAAUCUCCAUGACUUUGUGUUGAAAUGCUGCACGUUUGGCUGUCAGCGAUCACGCGACCGGCUUGAAGUUCGUGAGGGCGUAGGCCCAAAAAAAAGCUUCGCUUUCAAGCCGAUUGCCGAUUGGCUGGCAGAACGUGUGGCGAGAGUUCAGUAAAUGUGUGCGGGCUGAAGAUGACCUCUGCAGUUAUAUUGCAGUGGCUCAGCUUUGGGAUGCAUAAACACACCUAUCCCGCCCUAAAUCACGCCAGCGAUGACCGCUGCAGCGCUGCUCGCACCCUAACGGCAUAUUUUAUAUAUAUUAUAUAUAUAUGAUAUGUGAGUUAACCUGGCCCCUCAUUGCAAAGAAGCAGGCAGAUCGAGCAAUGGACAUUUCAGUAUUAAAACAAAUAAGACCAUCUUUUGUGAAGCGGUAUUUUAUCUAUUAAGGAAUGUUUCGAGUACAUCACAAAUUUGAAUCGUCCUCUGAAAACCUGGCCUUCAAACUGUUUGUUGUUUUUGGUUUUCUUGAGAAUAAUAUGUGAAGUAUGCAGUGACAGGACAAAGCAAGUUUGAAUGCCAGGUUUGAAACAAGGCCUCGAGUCUGCCUUUAGGGUCGAAGGUCAAGAUCAGGUGAUGAUGAAAUGGUUUCUGUGUUCUCUCUUUCCCCCUUUUUGUUCUGGUGAGGUUGCCAGAGACCUGGUGUUGCCUCAUUGAUCUUAGAACAGAUUAGAUUAAAUGAAAUUCAAAAAUAACAAAAAAACUACCUCAGGGUAUUAUUACCUCAGUAUUCCUAAUUUGUUUUCAUUUCUUCUUUUUUUUUUCUUUUUUUGCUUGCUGGUGUUUUAUAAAAAGCUGAUAGUCUUGAAUAUUUUAUUUUUUUAUGGAAAAAAUAUUUUUAGUUUUUUGUCUGGUUGCUUCGUUUUCCCUUAUUUUCCGUAUGCGUGGACGAAUGACUGCGAUUUUUUUUUUCCUCCGCUCAACAGGACACCCGAGGAAAUUUUGUUUGGUGAGGGUGGGUUCACCACGUUGUGCCUGGGUGUCCUUAAGAGCUGCAUUUAAAAUCAUUGGCCAAUGGGAAAUGGGAAAAUUCAUAUGAUUUGUCAUAAGUGCACAAUUUUAUACCACAGGUCUGACGUAUCAUAAAAUAUGAUUGUAUGUGUGUCACACAAGCAAACAGACCACAGACAGCUGAGAAUGGUCUUGUAUGAAGUGCUUUCGUUUGUGCACUUGUGGUUUAAUGGUGUGCGCUGAAGGUUUAGGUUUUAAACUCCAUAAGCAAUUAUAUGAAUCGUUGGUUGACUUGUUUGAAAGGGCUUUUAUGGAUUCCUUGAUAAUGUUUUUUAGCUAAAGGAUGUCAACCUUUUUGAAUGUAGAUCAUCAAACAUAUUUUUUUUUGAUAGAGGCUCCUUAUUCCCCAUUGUGUCCCGUAUGAAUGCGUGCGAGUGCGUUUUCUAGUUUUAAUGAGUUUAGGUGUUAAAUCUUUUGUUGGGGAAGUGGUUUGGGUGUUUCAAAAAGGCAGAACAUUUGAAAAAACACUCGGUCAAACUCCUUUUAUAAGCUGACUCAAACAUUAAAGGUACCUUUCGAAAAACGGGAGCCAAAAAAAUCGAAUUCAACCUGUAAAUAACCUGUUGGACGUAGCAAUCAAAAAACAGCUUUUGUAUUUUUAGAAUAAAAUGCUAAUUGGAUUAAGGAUGGAUAGAUGUAGAGAUUAAGCUGUUAAAGAUGGAUGGACACUGCCAGAAUGUGACCAUUUCACCAUCUUUGUUUUUUAAGCUUCCUUUUUCAAACACUAGGUGACGUUCUUCUGUUCUCAGCUUGAGGCUUGAACUGGUCACCGAAUGAAUGCUAUUACCCUUCAGGCGGGAAUGAAGUCCAGAUUCGGCCCGCAGAUUUCUGUCAGACACCACGACACACUCGCACACUUUCACUCUGUUCAGACUGCAGCUAUUUUAAUUUUUUCGACAGCAAGCUUUAUUUGGACAUGACAUCUGGUUGCGAACUGUUUCAUUGAUAUAUAUAUAUAUAUAAAAAAACACACAAAAAAAUGUAAGCAAGAAAUAUUAACAUAACAACAGAUUUCAUAUAACUAACAUACUUGUGACAAAAAAAGAGACAUAGUGGAUAUGUUAUGUAAUUGCAUUUAAUUUUUUUCUUUUAUUAUUUGGGUGUUAGGUUUAAGUGGUGAGAGGGAUUUAUGGCCUGGUCAGUUUUAAUGGAGAGGUGGACAUUCCUUCAAAGCCUUAUUUUAUCGUCUAUGAAUUCGUUCUUUUUUCUUUCUUUUUUUUGUCUUUGAGAUCCCCCUCCGUUUUUACCCCACGUUCUUUCAUCCCUUUACACCAUCGCUGCCUUCAUCCAUUCAUUUCCGUGUUUUUUUGUUUGUUUUCAUUAAAUGCGUUGUUAUGUGAAUCAAAAGAGAUGUCGUUUCAGAACGCCCUCUCUCACGCUGGCCUUGUUUGUGACGGUUUUCUCCGUUCAGUUCAGUCGUUUGACGUUUAAUUUCUUCUUUUAGUUUUAUUUUCAAUUUUUUUUUUGCCUCAAACAGUCUACGUUUAUUUAGUAUGGAUUAUAUUUAGAUUUCUCCUCCUUGAUCAGAGUUAUUAUGCACAGAUACCCUUACACUGCUACUAGUAGAUUUGACAUACUAACAAGUAAUUCAUUCUUAAUGUUAUACUUGUGCCAAACCAGGAUCCUGUUUAUUCUUUCCUCUUUUGUACUCUAUGAUAAAGGAGCUACUUAAGAUAGCGCACAGUCAGAUUUCCUCAAGUACUGUGAGAAGGUCUCCUGUUUGGCACUUGGAAACGUUUUCUUUCUUUUUUUCCGAAGUCCUUCGCAGUUAUUCUCUGUGGUAGGGGCUUAAACGGUAUAAAGCAGUUUUGUUAGCAUACUUGCGCUUGGAAAAGAGACAGUAUGUUGUAUACUUAUGCAAUUCUGUGACGAGCCGGACAAAAGGCUUGCCAAGUGUCGAUUGUUAUGGACUGUUAACUGUCUGCUGAGAUGUCCAUGACGAGGAAGUGAUCACCCCAUCCGUUGUAUUGCAGUGCAUAGACGUACACGUAUAGACCACAGAUUGAACCUCAGCAUAGUUGGGUGUGAUCAUCAUUUUAUCGUUGCAUGCCACUGUUGUAUCUUAUCGUGCUAGUGUCUGGCCUCUCCUUAAGGAAAACAUUUGGGUGCUACAAAUACGACUCGAACCUCACAUAACUAGGAACGCUACCUCAAUACUUAGCCAUAAGAUUGUUUUUAUCAACCAGGCAAGAGCAAAAGUGCAUGUUACAUUACUUUUUUAAUUUAUUUUAGCUUCUCAUUACUUUAGAGGUUUGGUUAGAAUUUUACUUCUUCAGCUCGGGACUUCGAUUAAAAAAGGCGGCUAAACUUUGGGGGACGGGGUGAAGGGCAAGAAAAUGUAUGCAUGGUUUGUGCAAGUGUGAGGAGGAGAAACAAGCUCGACAGAUAAUUGUGAUUUAUAAGUACAACCUGUGAAAUUCCUCGGUUUUGUUUUUCCCUUAUAUCACGAAGUCUUACUCGAACACUUCGGAAUCCUUUAUUUGGGUGGGUGGCUAUUAUACCGCAGAUUGACGGUUAUUGACUUGCAGCUUGAGGGAAGACGAGGCUUGUUAGAUGUUUCAAAUUCACAAAACGAUAGGAGGCAUAUUCUGUUACCUCUGUAGACGAAACACAUUGUAGUGCCUGUUUCAGCAUCUCAAUCUCCUUUCCCACCAUAAUGGGACCACUCUACCUCCACGCCAUGCAGCCUUGACCUAUCAUUACUUAGACCCUUCUUCAGUUUGAUUAUGUUAGAAGUUGCCCUUUUCUGGCUGAUGUCGAAACACGUUUCACCUUGACUUUUUGAUGGCUGUGGUUAGGAUGAGUGAAACUAGAUUUAAAUCAGCAAUAAAAUGGCACAUUCUGUCCAGAGCAUCUACUAACAUUCUGUCGCACAUCUGUAGUCCCCUUUUAAUAAUUCACCCCCUAUUUGACAGGGCACAAAACCUGUAACCAUGUAUUUUUAAUUUUUUUUUUAAUCUACCUCUUAGAGAGAAAAAUGCAAACGACUAGGACAGAUCGUUUAACUUAAAUAGGACACAGAAAUUUUUAAAAAUCUUAAACUUAAAUCAAUCAUAUUAAAAAAGACUUCAGCAACUGGUUAGCAACAUCUCUAUAUAGUGUAGUGGAUAGAAAACUUUACUUCCAAAGACUUUUUCUCCAGUUGUUUAUGAAAUUGUUUUGGAAGAAUUUGGAAAUGGAAUAAAUGAAAUGUAAGAGGGGAAAUAAAAAGACUUUCACUAUCCGAUCUUUCUCUAUUUCGAUUAAACUGAUUUUCAUUUUUAACUUACAAGUUCUUCAUCGUUUUAUUUGAUUUAUAUUUCUGAUGGCUUUUUAAAAUGACAUAGGAUUGUAUCUCUUAUGUUUGCAAUAGAAUUUGCUGUAUUUCUCUGUGAACCACGAAAUAAUAGUAUCUUUUCAGGCCACACAGUGCAGCAUGAUGUUGAAAUCAUUUUAUUGUAACACUUCACCAUAAGUUUGGAUUUGUUAACAUAAGCUAAUGCAUUGGGUAUCAUGAAUUAACAAUGAACAACAGAAACGGCAUUUAUUCAUCUAGGUUUGUUAAUUCGUAAAGAUGCUUUGUUCAUUCAUGUUCGUAGUACAUUGUUAAUUUGUCCCUGAAUUUUGAAAAAUAUUCGUAUUUGUCAAAAUAAUAUUAACCAAGAUUAACACAAACUAUAAAGUGCUGAUUAUUAUUACAUGUUAUUUUAUUGCAUUACCUAAUGUUAACACAUUCAGUCUUAUUGUAUCUGUUCUCAUUAUUUUUUAUUUUACUUGUAAUGAUACAAUAGAAGAGUAAAGGUCUGUUUAAUAAAAUAAGGCACAUUUUAGGAGCUGAGAGAGAGGAAGGAGAACAUUUAUCAGACUACCUUGUCCCUUCACCCUCCUUACUGCAGGUGCCACAGAUAUUAUUGGGACUUUCAACUUCUGCCUGCCUGAUUUUCUUUCAUUUUCAUCAACAAUUGUUUUCAACUUCUUGUAAAGAAUACAGAGCAUAGAUAUGAAUGUGACAAUAAAAGACGAGUAAACGGUG